CUUCUCCUUCUCCUCCUCCUCGUCUCCGACACAACUAUGGCUGCUACAGUGAACUUGGAGCUGGAUCCCAUUUUUCUGAAAGCCCUGGGCUUUUUGCACUCAAAGAGUAAGGACUCUGCUGAAAAGCUGAAAGCACUUCUUGACGAGUCGUUGGCCAGAGGAACUGACUCGAGCUAUCGUCCCUCUCAGAAGGAAGUAGAGCAACCAAAAGUAUCUGUUACCAAACCCAUUAAGCAAGAGCCUAAAGCUUCAUCCAGUUUGCCUUCUGGCAACAACAAUGGCAAGCCCACUGCAUCAGAAAAGGUGAAAAAAGAAACAGAAAAGAGAUCUGCAGAUAAAAUGAAAGGGGAUCCUGCUGAAGGAGCUGAUGCGCCAAAGAAGCCCAGAGUAGAGAAGCAAGAGGCUCGUUCCUCUCCUAUUACAGUUCAGACGAGCAAGGAUUUAUCCAUGCCUGAUUUAUCUAGUUUUGAGGAAACCAGUGCUGAUGACUUUGCCAUGGAAAUGGGAUUAGCCUGUGUUGUUUGCAGGCAAAUGACAGUUACUUUUGUGAAUCAGCUAGUGGAGUGUCAGGAGUGCCAUAAUCUCUACCACCAGGAUUGCCAUAAACCUCAGGUGACAGACAAGGAAGUGAAUGAUCCUCGACUUGUCUGGUAUUGCGCCCGCUGUACCAGGCAGAUGAAGAGAAUGGCUCAGAAGACACAAAAACCACCUCAAAAACCAGCUCCUGCAGUGGUUUCAGUUGCACCAGCUUUGAAGGAUCCAUUGGUCAAGAAACCAGAAAUAAAGUUAAAACCUGAGACCCCACCAGCUUUUCUGGCAUUCAAGAGAACAGAAGUCAAGACCUCAGCAGCAGUUUCGGGGAACUCUGCCAGUACAAGCGUUUCCUCUUCAGCAACGAGCGGCCUUACAGGAUGGGCUGCUUUUGCAGCCAAAACCUCCUCUGCCAACCCAUCAGCUGCCAAACUGGGAUCGACAGCACAGAGUGCCAGCGGGAAACCUGCGGCUUCCUCAAAUAACCAGAAACCCGUGGGUUUGUCAGGGCUGGCGACUUCAAAAACGGGACUGGGGGCCAAAGUAGCUUCUGCCAACAACAGCACCAACCCCGUUCAGCUGAAGCCUCCCCGGGGGGGGGGGGGGGGGGGGGGGGGGGGGGGGGUGACCAGCGACAACGUGAGCAAGGCCGGGCUGCCCAGCCCCAGCAGCGCCGGCCCCAGCUCCAGCGGCAGCAGCCCCGCCGGGGGGGGGGGGGGCGGCGGGAACGGCAGCGGCUCCGCCGGCAGCGGCUCCGGCAAAGCCGCGCCCGACGCCGGCAGCCAGCCUGCCUCCCUGAAGGGCCCCACCUCGCAGGAGUCCCAGCUCAACGCCAUGAAAAGGCUGCAGAUGGUCAAGAAGAAGGCUGCUCAGAAGAAGCUCAAGAAGUAGCCUGGCCCCUUGCUGAUGUUGCUGGUUGUGUUCCGCAAGAUGGCAGCAUCGGUGUUUUUCCUAAAGGAAAUCCUCCAGGUACUGGAGUGAAGGAGGUUAAAUCAGGGAAGCCCGAACCCCAUGUUAUACAGAAGGUCAAACUUUAAUAAUUCUGGUAUUCCUUCUGCCUUUGCAAAUCUGUGAAUUGAGUAUGUUAAAGGAAUUCAAUAUUACAUGCUCCUGGUUUUGUAGCUCAAAGCACUGAAACUUGAAAUUGUAAAAGUUGGGUAUUUUUUAAUAUUAAAACACCCACAUUUGUGUAGAUACUUAAUAAAUUGAACUUGCUGAAACUGUCAUUCUUAAAUGAUAGUAAUAAAAUGAUUAUUAAU